AAAUAUAUUGAAGUGAUUUCAGUCCUAGGCUGAAUUCCUGGCAUUUCUGGGUGUUUGUUUAAGAAAGCAAAAAAUUGGGUAGCAGGCUGAUGUGAAAAACCCUUGUCCCAGACCCUGGAGAAUCACUUCCGGGCAGAGUAAACAACACCAGGCCAGAUCAUGGACAAAAAGUUUGAUAUGAUGAAAGGUAGUCUUGCAUAUUUUUGUGUAUUUUGACAGUGCAACCCUCUGACUCAGAUUUACUCCCAAGCUUAAGACUGUCACCUGAGUUCUCCCUGCUUUCAAGAAAGUUUGUGCUGUCAUAAUAAUAGUUGCUUCAGAGUAUGCAACUUCUCGAAAGAGUACUACCUUCUUAGACCCAUCUAUCUAAUUUCCCAGACUGCAUUUCACAUUUCCAAGACCAGAAAAUGUGUGCAAAUUGCCAUAACGAUUCACCAUUAAGCAUUUAGCCACACUUUUAUUACCACCAUUAUCAUAAUUUGUCAUCAGUCAGGAUAUGAACUACAACUCUCAAGAGGCUUGACUUUCAGAAGCACAUUUUCUUCCUGGGAUUCCUAGGCACUUACUAGUUCACAUUUCCUUAUUUGGUACAAAGCUGCAUGAGCAAGAUAAAUAUGGAAUUGAAGUUUAUAUGCCCCUGUACCCCAAAAUUAGCUUUGGAUUAUUGCAUAUCAUCACAGUCACCAGGAUAAAAUCCGAGUGCAGUUGCUACACCAAGGACAUUUUUUUCACCAUUUAAAACAACUGCACAUAAAAGAGGUUGUCUAAUCUAUCCAUUUAUAUGAUGGCCUUAACAACACUGUAGAACACGGAAAGAUAGAUUGCAAUGAAGAGCACACAGGCUACCUUCACCUGCUUCAAAGUUGCACUUGUUUCUUGCAUAGCAAAAGCUUUCCUCAUUCUGAUGUUGGUCUGGAAUCUCACAUGCAGAGGAAUAUUGGUGCCAUCUAAACCAUACUUGCCUGGCCCACUGGUUAUGUGUUCAGUGGCCACAACAAACUUUAGUGCAGCAAAAGUCUGUGGUAUGUCCUUUAAGAUGGAAAACGAAGGGCCCCCGAAACGGGAGCACAAAGACAUGCAGGGAUGUGGGAGUGUACUGGUGAUGUGGUCUAAGAUCUUCGCUUUGCAGGUUGAACUCAGUGUGGGCCUGACCAAGUUAAAAAGCAGGGUCAGUGCACAUUUUGUUACUUUUGCUGUCAGCUGUAAAGCUUCCUGAACUCCAUCAAGCAAUCCCAGGAAGAGCGAGAAAAUAAUUUGCUUCAUGACUGGUCGCAACACUGUCUGGUAGGUUUCAUAGUUUUCUUGGAGGAAGGGGCUUAUGGAGUGGUGCAGCCUUGUAGAUGAAAUAGCUGGUAGACUUCUUUGUUUCAGGAACCCUAGCAAUUCCAGAGCCCAUUUGGCAGCACACCAUUGCAAGACACCAGCCAAAUAAAAACACAAGUACCUUGCAGCUGCCCGAGAAUGCCAUAGGAUUUUAAGUGCUGGGACGAGCACUUCCUUCCAGAGCUUCCUGAUGAGAAUUAAAUGCAUGGCACGUAACAUCUUUAGGCUGCAGUGCCACAAGAUGAAGAUCCCAGUCACUUGCACAGUGACCCAACAGAAGACUAGCUUGACUAUGGUGGCCAAGGGGCGCAAUAGUGGCAUGUAGACUUUCACCAAUAGGUAAUGCAUAAAGAAGUAGAGUAGCUUGAGCUGGGUUUGGGGCAGCAGCCUCAAAGUCAGCUGCACCAUGUACAUCACAGUUUGUUUCCCAAUUGGGUGGUAAAUGGCAAGCCUCUUCUCACCUGCCAUUUUGUUAAUGUAGACCCCUUAGAAGCAAGGCCACGCUCAUCCCAGCACGAAUGUCUUGCCUUGCCUUGUGACUUGAGCCAUCUGUUUUUGGACUCCCCUUAUGUAACUGGGUGAUGAUGACACCACAGUAGAUUGCAUCAGAAAGAGGGCUAAGUGUGGUUAUGCUGGGGUGGGAUUGCUACCUUGAACUCCAGCCUUUCCAAACCAUGAGCUUUAAAAAAAAACCCUAAUGGGCAGGAUUCAGACUCCCCACUCCCAGACUACAAUCCCAUAGUGGGGGAAAGUUCACAGAUAAGAAGCUGGAGUGUGCUUGGGUGUUGGGUAUGCUGGAAAGAGAUGGGCCAUACUCAGUACGAUUUCUGUGGGUCAGUAAAAGAACAGAGCUGCCUGAGCAUCAGUGACAGCAGUGCAGGGAAGCAGAAGGGAUUUUCUGUAAGGAAUACUGUAAUUUUCUUCCUCAGUCUCCUCCUUCCUCUUUGUUAUACUUGAUAAAAUGUGUAUAUCACAUGACUGUAAACGAACAAACAAAACCACAAAGCGGUUCUGAGAAAAACCUCUUCUGACUUGGAAGAAAGGCUGCUGAAGAGAUCUAUGGAACCCAAAAGCUUGCAUAUUCAGCCAUUACCAAACUUUAACAGACGCCUCCAAACUAAUACCAUCUUCUCUGCUUUGUACACCCUACUGCUGUUGGGGGGGGGGCGGAAUAUAGGUUUAUGCUGGACUCCCGCGUCGUUGAUAAUCCUGUCCUUUCAUAGACAAAUUUAAGCCCCAAUUUCUCGGCCUCCAGUAUUAUGGCUAGAUAGAGAUACCCCUCCCCGAUCCCCCAUUGAAAGGAUGGAAUUUGCUUCCUCGUAAACAUGCACGAGUUUAAUGAGGGACCUCCCGAAAAACAGUCCUUCACGCGAAAUGGCAUCUUCGGAGGAAUGCAGAACCCUCCCGGUAUCCGUAGCCUUUACUUUUUUUAAAAAAAAAAGUUAUCGUUUCCUUCUGUCUCCUCGCGAUAUUUCGCAUAGAGGAUUACAGUGCACGUGGGACCGAUUUGGAAACGCAUGCGCAUGCGUAUCGGCUGGACGCGUCUGCGCACGCCUAGGAAGCGAAGGGAUAAAUAGCGCACGCGCGCCUUUCCACUUCCCUUCUACAUCGGCUCGGAGACAAAAUGGUAGGUGGUAGUUGAGCUUUGCGGGAAACAUGCAAUCCGCUGCCAUCGGGUCAGUGGUCGUUCCGGCCGCGCUCAAUCCCGGUCAAUCUCGCUUAAGGGUCUUUGUUGAAGGCACACCGAGAAUUAUUUGGGUGCUACAUAAGCCUCACUCCUUAACGGGGUCCUGGGCCUAUUCUCAUUACCGAUGACUGCUGAGUUGGCCUAACGUGAGGCUGCCUGCCGUCAUCUCUGAUCUCAUCUAAAGAAAGGGUGUCUUGAAAUUGCUGAAACUUGUUAUAGCUACUUAGGCAGCAAUUCCUUACUUAAGCGGAAGGCCCCAUUGGGACUUACUUCAGAGUAGGCGUGCAUAAGAUUCGUGUUGUUAUCCCGGAGUGCAUUGGUAGCAUCGCCCUUGCUAAAACGCCUUGAACGUAUUAAUUACAGAUAAUUUUGUAAGGUCAUUGCAUGUGGUUGACCAGAACAGCUCCACCAAGGAGCGUGGUCGGUCAUGGCUCUUAAUGCAGGAAUGGGAGGGCGUGUGGCUGUCCGGAUGUUGCUGACUCCAGCUGCUUCUAUCCCUGAUCUUUGGCUGGGGCUUCUUUUUAUAGUAUAGUCUUUGAUUUUAUUUGAGGGACAAGUCGUACUGUACUUAGUAAAUGCUUUAUCCUCUUGUCUUAAAAACAAAAAGCCUCCAUUACCUCAGGUUAUGGUUGAAGAGUUAACUAUAAAAGGGCCAUUCUGACUGUAUUUUUAUAAAAAUCUCUCAUAGGGUGGGUUGGUUAUUUAAUGCAACAUCGUGAGUCUUGUGUACCUGUGUUUGAGAUGUAGUAUUGCCAAACUUGCAAGGAAAAUAGGUUAGGCAUGUUGCUUGGCAUGCACUGCAUUACUGUACACAACAGAAGCACACUUUAGUGUUGCUCCCAAUGGAUUUAUUAUGGGCAAGGGAAGUUUCUCUCCCAGGGUGUUCAGAGCAUUUCCUUGCCUUCCUAAGAACCCUGAGGUUGUUGAGGACCUGCAAAGCUGUCUCCUACUAAGCAAAAUGUCUUUGCCUCCCUUCUAGUCCCACCGCAAGUUUUCAGCUCCCAGGCAUGGGUCUUUGGGCUUUCUGCCUCGCAAGCGUAGCCGUCGGCACAGAGGCAAGGUGAAGAGCUUUCCUAAAGAUGACCCCACCAAGCCCAUCCACCUCACUGCAUUUCUUGGAUACAAAGCUGGCAUGACCCACAUUGUCCGUGAAGUUGACAGACCUGGCUCCAGUACGUAUUUCUUCUCUUGGGAGGGAAGUUAAAUUGAUACAUGGCAUUGAUAUACUUUAGGACACUUCACAUAGUAGUUUUCAAUACUUCUACAAUGUGACAUUAUUAGCUUUGUUAUUUUAGAUGAAGGUGUGAGGCUAGCAGCUUGCCUGAGUUUACUUGCUUUAUAGCCAAGAUGGAGUAUGUAUGAGCCGGGACUUGCUGUUCUACACUACCAGUCCAUGUGCUCUAUCAUUCCUAGGGGGCAGAAGAAAGAAGUGUAUUGUUCUGAUCACCAGGGUUGUUUAUUUGUGUUUGAAAAGACCAGGCAUAAGAACUGUUGCUGCACCUAUUCCUCACCUUAUGCACUCCUUUAGCUUUUCAGGACAGCCCACAUGCCCCAUGUUAGGCUUUAACCUGACAACAGAAGGAUUAGGUUGCUUUUAGAUGGUGUUUUAAUUUCCCUCAUUUAUAGAAACUAUAGGUUCAUUACUAUCUUAGAGUUCAUUUGUUCUGUUAUCUGUUUCAUAGAGGUCAACAAGAAAGAAGUUGUUGAGGCAGUUACUGUGGUGGAAACCCCUCCCAUGGUUAUUGUGGGGAUUGUGGGCUACGUUGAAACUCCCCGUGGCCUUCGCACCUUCAAGACCAUCUUUGCCGAGCAUAUCAGCGAUGAGUGCAAGCGUCGGUUCUACAAGAACUGGUAAUUAUGGCUGAGAUUCUAAAGUUCCCUGAGUUAGGAAGAUGCAGGAAUAGUUAGCCCCAAAUAUAUUGCUCUCUUGUAGAACUAUGUAGAACUGAGUUGGCAGCAACUCAGUUUAUAUUGCACUAAGGGGGUACAGUUUUAUGAUAUCCUCUUGGGUAUGUGAACACUACAGAUGAUGAUUUCUCGACGGGCGGACAUUAAAAAAUCACCUUUGGUGCUUGUUGCUGAUUGUCGAGCACUGACUGUAGUUUGCUAUCUUAGGAGAGUGUAGUAUGACUUUUUCUGGUGGCAACAAAUUUCUAGUUUAACCUGGAUCUUGGAAAGGAUUUCUCCCCCUUAUAGUGUGGCACGUUCAUGUUAAUCACUCCGGUCAGGGUACUAUAACUGGUAACUUUCCUGAAUAUCUGAAUUUGAGGUAUGCAAAUGUAAAAGUUGCCCUUUAAAAUUUGUGGGUUGUUUGUUAGGAAGGUAACAGUGGCAUUAUGGUGUUAAAAGGCAAGAUUGGAAAGCUAUAAGUGAGUAAAGUGAAGUUAACCCUAUGAAGUAGAAAUGGAGCUUCUAAGGCAGAAUACAUUUUCUUAAUUACUGUUCUGUGCAGUGCAUAUUAAUGUUCUUUGUAUGAAAUUAUGGCAGCUCCGCUCAGCUCUGGCAGUCUUGCCCUUGCUUGAUGAGCUCCUGGCUCCGCUUGCUGGUGGAAAAGGCUCCUUAGAAGCCAGCAAUGAGCCAAAACUGAUUCCUAUGGCAGCUUCUUCCACUCAACCACCUCUCUGGGUGGGCUGAUGAAGGGCUCUGCCAAUCCCCAUCUCUGCUCUGCUCCUCCUUGAAGGCAUAAGUCCAAGAAGAAGGCCUUUACCAAGUACUGCAAGAAGUGGCAGGAUGAAGAAGGCAAGAAACAACUAGAGAAGGACUUCAGCAGCAUGAAGAAGUACUGCCAGGUUAUCAGGGUCAUAGCUCACACUCAGGUGAGCUCUUGCAUUGCCUAUUUCCUGAAGCACAUAUGAAUUCACAGAUAGUUUAGUGUCAAUGGCCAAAGAUCUGCUAAUAGCAGAUUCCACUGUUUGACUGGUUUGCCUUCUGUCUAUGCUCAUGUCCAUAAUUGCCAUUAUCAGCUGAAAGGGGAGACUGCACCUUUUUGUCAAGUUCAGUGUUUUAAUAUUUUUGCCGAAAUUUGUAUUACCAUUUUUUUAAACAGUUGGGUGGUAGUGCUUUUAAAGUCUUGUGAAGUAAAUGGCGCCUCGUUGCAUCUGGUAUUUGAUGUAAUAUUUACCUAGAAGCUAUUGUGCCAUGAUGCACUUACUAUCUUUCAACCCUUUGACUUAGCCCUUUUUAAAUACAGCUUUGUGGCUGUAAAAUUGGACAAUGCUUUAUAAGCCUUUCAGAAUCCUUUUAAUGGAGUAUUGAAAACCAGAAGGUGGCAAGUAGUGGAAGGAUACAUGAUUUUGUCAGUUCAGUCAAACCUUGCUGACCCAAAAUAUACAGUGGUGCCCCGCAAGACGAAUGCCUCGCAAGACGGAAAACUCGCUAGACGAAAGAGUUUUCCGUUUUGGAGGUGCUUCGCAAAACGAAUCUGCUAUGGGCUUGCUUCGCAAGACGAAAGUUCCUGCGUUUUUUUUCCCCUUUCCCCCCCUUUUUCUAAGCCGCUGAGCCGCUUAUCUGCUUAUCCGAUAAGCUGAUAAGCCGCUAAUAGCGCUAAUCCGUCAAUGGGCUUGCUUCGCAAGACGAAAAAACCGCUAGACGAAGAGACUCACAGAACGGAUUCUUUUCGUCUUGCGAGGCACCACUGUAGUUUAUUUCUUCAAGGGUUUUACAAUUUAGCUAUUUCACAGUAAUUUGUCUAAAGGCUCUUGUUUAACUUGUGAAGGGUCUUGAUUCUAAUACAUGCAAUGAGCUGUUGAUGAAUGCAUCAGAAAAUAAAUGUGGGGUCCUUUGAUAUAGCCUUUAAAAAUGCAUUGCAUUGUUUGGCUCAGAAGGCCCUCAAGGAGAAUGAUGGUAUUGGAUGAAAUUUAAGUCAUCAGUUAAUGUUGCAAACAUAAUUUUUUUGUAAAAGCAUUAAAUUACCAUUUGCUUUGGAUAGAUUGAGCUAGAAAUAAUAAUUGAUACUGAAAAAAUGCAAACAUGAUUAGGCAUUUUGCCACAACCAAUGCAUUAACUCUUUAUUUGGUAUCUCAGAUGCGAAUGCUUCCGCUUCGGCAAAAGAAGUCUCACUUGAUGGAAAUCCAGGUGAAUGGUGGCACUGUAGCUGAGAAGGUGGAUUGGGCUCGAGUGAAGCUGGAGCAGCAAGUGCCCGUGUCGACUGUCUUUGGCCAGGAUGAAAUGAUUGAUGUCAUUGGCGUCACAAAGGGCAAGGGGUACAAAGGUAAUUUAUUUUCCAGUCAACAAUAUGUCAGAGAUUAAACUACUAAGAGUGUCCUUAACAUCCUAUGUAGUUUAUUUGGCUUUGGCGUAAAGAGGGUUGGCAAAAUAUUCUUGGUUUGCAAGAGGCUGUUCAGUGAUGAGAUCAUGGAAUAUGCACUGGGCGCAGUGCCCGAUACCCAUGAGGAGUCAUUCCAUGCUGCCUUCCUUCUGAGACCAGCUUUGCAAGAAACGGGAGAGGGUUUGGCCUCUUCAGGGUGGUCAUUUGUAAGAUCCCUUUAUUUUAGUAUAGUAAUCUCGCGUGUCUGGAAGACAUUUCAUUGAUAUCCCACACAGUUGAGGCUCCAGUCAAUUAGAUGUUGGAGCUAAGUAGUUCUAACAAGUUCCAUGUCUCUUCCUCUUAGGUGUUACCAGCCGAUGGCACACCAAAAAACUGCCCCGUAAGACUCACAGGGGUCUGCGUAAAGUGGCUUGUAUUGGUGCCUGGCAUCCUGCUCGUGUGGCCUUCUCUGUGGCUCGAGCUGGUCAGAAGGGGUACCAUCACCGCACAGAAAUCAAUAAGAAGGUAUGGAUGCGCUUUGCAGCAUUAUUAUUAUUAUUAUUAUUUAUUAUUAUUAUUAUUUUAUUAUAUUUUAUUUUUUAUUAUUAUUUUAAUGGUUCCAUUCCAGUUGAAGCCUGAACAUGUUCUGUGUUCAUAAAAUGUUACUGCAGAACGGCAGGUGGGUAGAAAGAGAAUGUGGUGUUAUUAGAGGUUGGUUUACUUAGCUGGAUUUGAGCCCACGACUGAAAAAGUUCUGUGCCAAGCUCUUCUACAACAGUGUCCGCUUCACUUACCACUUGCCCUACAACACUGCAGGUUGUAUAAGAAUGCAGCAUUUCAGUAAAGAGCAACCCAUUCUGCUAAAAUUCUAUAUGGAAAUCUUGUCCUAGUUGAGCAGUUGGGACAAUAUAGUUCCAUACCAGUAAUGUCACUUGCUGGCCAAUCGCUACCUCCCCCUCAACUGUAAAUAUGUGAGUGCAUUCUUAAAACGGUUAUGAGUCAUUGCAAGUUCUAAAAAUAGUCACUGCAGUUGAUUACAAGCAUUGUAAUGGUACAACUUGCUUAUAAAUACAACUUUCCAAAGUGAAACAUUCCAAAGCUUAACAUGUGUAGGAGAUAGCAGUGUACCAGCUAACACAAAAAUUGCAACUUCCUUGGGAAUUAAAGGUUUUUUAAAGAGUUAUGUCCUUAUUGGUGGGCCACAAAUCUUUGUGUGGGUUUUGAGCUAGGGUUUUUUCGUGAUCACCACCAAUCACUCUUGACAUGCUUGAGUGACAAGGUCUUUUUACAUUUGUUUAGGGUUAAUUAAGGCAAGAAACAUUGGAAACUACAGCUGCUCAGAAUCUUGCCUUCUCAAAACCUAUAAUGGGAAAUUAGACCUCCAUAGUAGGGAUCUGUGAGUUGCCAGGUGUCACCAGAUUCAUAAACUCUGGUGUUAGUUUUUGUGUGUUUCAUUGUUGAAAAGUAUUCAUUUCUUCCUUCCCUUUUUUUGUUUAUCACAUAGAUCUACAAGAUUGGCCAAGGAUACCAAAUCAAGGAUGGCAAGCUGAUCAAAAACAAUGCUUCAACAGAGUAUGAUCAGUCUGACAAGAGCAUUAAUCCUCUGGUGAGUGGCUUUCAAAUUUAAAUGUGGGGGUCUGGGUAGAACAUCAUUGGGUGGAAGCCUGUGUGUCCCUCAAAGAUUUGCCACUGUUGCAUUUUGGAGGGAUAGAGUAACCUUCAGUGCUCUUAGUUUUAAGUUGUCCUCUUAACAGUUCCUAAAGGUGCCAUUCACUUCAACAUAAACCAUCUCCCCCACCUUUUACCCCUUCAGUGAUUGUCUGCCAUGAGUUCUGCCCUUCUGCUUUGGCUGGACAUUAAAAUCUCUGGCCUCUGAAUCCCAUUGGGGGUGAGGGGAAAUUGCAGAAUUCAGAAUAUUGGUGGUAUGUAGUACUAAAUAAUUGCCGUACGCAUUUAUUUGCUCUUCUCACACAGGGCGGAUUUGUCCAUUAUGGUGAAGUGACCAAUGAUUUUAUCAUGUUGAAAGGCUGUGUUGUUGGGACCAAGAAGAGAGUUCUCACUCUGCGCAAGGUGAGCAGUGGAAGGGUGGUGACUGAUCUCUUUGAAGUUCCUUUGCUAGAUGAGGUGCUAUAGCUGUUUGUUUAAAUAUUGUAAGCUCUCCAAUAAUGUCAGGGUGCUAGAAGGCUAGCAUUUUCUGUACCAGAUUGUGACACUAAAAACAGCAAGUGGAGGCAUGCACACUGCUUCCAAUAGAUCAGCUUCUCCAAGAAGUGUGAGAGGGCUUUUAUUGCUCUUUGGCCUCUUUACAUUCUUAGGACAGCAUACAGCAACCAGGCUUUCCAGCAGGGACAAUCCUCAGGUUGUUGGCUGCUGACCUCUGUUUAUAUAGUUAGGCCAUAAUCAUGUAUUGGCAAAUCAGGCCUAAAUUCUUCUUGAAUGGCACAUUAUGCACUGUGGUUGAAUGCAGGCCUGAGAUCUAAAGUUAAUAUUGUUCUUCAAGCCACAUGCCAGGCGGGUGGGGGGCGUUAGAAUUUGCAGUACAAUGUAGUAGUGAAGCUUGAAGAGCUGUAGAAAAAUGUUUCUGAAGUACUGGCUUUCCAUCGCUUAACCUUUUCCAUUUGAGAUUUUGCAGUUGCCUGCCAGUCGGCCUUACUCUAUGUCCUUUUCCCCCUAGUCCUUGCUUGUGCAGACCAAGCGUCGGGCCCUGGAGAAGAUUGACUUGAAAUUUAUUGACACCACUUCCAAAUUUGGUCAUGGCCGCUUCCAGACAGCUGAGGAGAAGAAGGUUUUCAUGGUAAGAGCACUUCCUCUCUAGUGUCCAGUAUAUAAGCUACUUGCUGCAUCUGCUCUUAGGAAAAUGGUGUUUUGAAUUGAUCUUUUAAUGCCUAUGUAAUUGAACAGUGGGCAGCACCGAAAUUUGUUCUAAGGUGUGUGAAAAGACUUACUAAUGGUUCAGGAUUAGGAUCAGCUCUUGCAUGUGUAAAUAGAUUAAAUGGUAUUGGCAUAGUCUCAAUUCAGCCCUAGUACAUUCAAAUUCAAUUGGGGGACCUUUGUGUGCAUUUACCUACUCCAAAUUUGCAGUUAAGGCACAACAGUAGUUGCUCACAUAAGAAUCUUGCUGACCACACUUUGUCUAGCAUUUUUGGGAAUCUCCAGAACCAGCAAGCAUUAAGUGGUCCCUCAGGAAUGUAACCAGUAGUCCACUAGUGAACUGCUAUAUGCUGUGGCCAGUUGGUGGCAGCAGACUUUUAACAAUUGUGUUGUGUUCCAUAGUCUAUUGGCUUCUGUCUCUUUUUUAAAAAAAUCCACCUGUUAAUGUUAAAUGGUUUGGGAUGUGUCUUGAGAUUAUGGAUCUCCUGUUGUUUAGACUGACACAUUUCUAUUUUCUUUGCAGGGACCACUCAAGAAAGAUCGCAUUGCCAAAGAAGAGACUGCUUAAUUUCUGGAUUCUGGCUUGUAGUCUUAUAAUAAAGCUACAAAUAUCAAAUACAU